CCGCCGAAAUCCGUCACUUCCAUUUUCUCGUUCCCCGCCGCCCCUCUAGCAAUUCACAGACUCCAAGGGAGCUUCUCCGGCGGAAGCAAUGGCGGUGCCGCUCGUCAACCUCGCACCGAAUCUAACAGUCUCAAAGCUCUGCUUGGGGACGAUGACUUUCGGCGAGCAAAACUCGCUGCCGGAGUCAUUUCGGCUCCUCGGCGGAGCUCUCGAGGCCGGAAUCAACUUCUUCGACUCGGCAGAAAUGUACCCGGUGGUUCAGCGAGCAGAGACUCAGGGUAGGAGCGAGGAGUACCUCGGCCGUUGGAUUAGAGAGAGCAAAAUCCCUCGAAACAGCGUCGUUUUGGCCACCAAGGUUACGGGACCGUCUGGGCAGAUGGCUUGGAUUCGAGAUGGCCCCAAGUGUUUGGAUGCCAGGAAUAUCGCCGACGCCAUUGACGGCAGUUUAAGGCGGUUGCAGACGGAUUACAUUGAUCUUUAUCAGAUUCAUUGGCCCGAUCGCUAUGUUCCCAUGUUUGGAGAAACUGAAUAUGAUCCAACCAGACAAUUUUGUUCGAUUCCUAUAGAGGAACAGCUGGAUGCUCUUGGGAGAGCCGUUGAUUCGGGUAAGAUCAGAUAUGUUGGUCUUAGUAAUGAAACACCGUAUGGUGUCAUGAAGUUUGUUCAGGUGGCUGAAAGGAGCACUUACCGUCCAAAGAUUGUGUCUCUGCAGAACGCAUACAGCUUGCUCUGCCGAACUUUUGAUUCUGGAUUGGCUGAAUGCUGUCAUCAUGAGAGGAUCAGUUUACUAGCUUAUAGCCCCCUUGCAAUGGGUAUACUCUCUGGGAAGUAUUUUUCGCCUGAUGGGGGUCCACCAGAUGCUCGGUUGAAUGUUUUUAGAGGGAAAUAUUCGGAAGGGGAAUCCAGAUACAACCUGUCUAAUCACAUCAUAAGAGCAGCAGCCAUGGAAUACUUUAAGAUUGCAGAAAAGUACAGUCUUCAUCCAGUAUCUCUCGCAAUAGUUGUUUACAGUCAUCGACCUUGUACUCAGUAUCUACGUUCUUUGCAUUUGGCAGCCUUUGUUUUGAGUCGCUCCCUCGUUGCAAGUGUUGUUUUUGGAGCAACCAAGUCGUGGCAACUUCGGGAGGUCCUAGAUGGAUGCAAGGUUGAGCUCACACCAGAAGUAAUCGCGGAAAUUAACAAGGUUCAUGAAAGGUUUCCGAAUCCAUGCCCCUGAUCACAAUUCAUUCUAUUAAAUUUCUUCCUUGUCGGGAAUAUAAUCGUCUUGUUUCUGGUAUGUAUUAUAUCAUCUGUCGGAUUAGUUGAACUGCUGUUUAAUGAUGACAUUGGUCUAGAAAAGUUCAGAGUUUGUUUCCCUCAAAGCACCUUGUAACUUACGGAAGUGCGCUUCUUCUCCCUCACCGAAAAGUAGGCCACUUGUACAUUCUUCCUGCCUAGUGUCCGAAAAUUUUGCCGGUCUGAGUGACCUGACCGGUGGCGUCGACUGACGGGCAUUGACGGAGGUGAAAAAUGUUGUGCUGUGCAUCGUUAGAUUCUGAGUUAACACACCAUUUGACUUGCUACUUCUUUUUCCAUAUUUGAACUUCCUUAUGCAUUUAUGUCAACUUUUUAAUAGUCUUCAAGGAGAAAGAGCGCUUUACACGUAGUAA